AUGAGAUUGAAACCCUCCUCUGGGCAAGAACAUCGAGUGCCAGUCCACCGGAGGAAACUACCGUCGACGACGUUCCUUUCUUUCCGUGCCGGUAAAAUCACCGGACAAAUGUUGCCAGAUUCCUCCACCUCUGCCACCGCUACUACGACUAUCCUCCUCCGCCGCGCUUUCAUUUGCUUGGUCUUCGUCGCUACUAUGUCUCUGUCUUGCUUUAUUCUCAUCAGAGGCUACGAAUCGAUUGGGCUUCGUAUUCCCAACUCAUUCGGCACCUCGUCUCGCCUCCAUCUCGUCCCCUCUGCGGUUGAUGAUUUUCCACAGCGACAUAAGCUUAGAUGGGUUAGUACUUUAAUAUGGUAUAAGGGAAUGAGGCCAGUGGUGAACAGGCUUGAAAGGGUUUUGAAGGUUGCUUCUAUGCCGGACAAAACAGUUAUUUUAACAACUCUAAAGGAAGCCUGGGCUGCUCGAAGUUCGAUCAUUGAUCUUUUCCUUGAGAGCUUUAGAAUUGGAGAUCAAACCCGUGUUGAUAUGUUAAUGAGAAUCAUCUCGUCGGAGUUGUGGUGGUCGUCGGAGGUGGUGUGA